GAAUGUGAAGAGAGUUCUGUUUGUUCCUUAUGCUCUCCAUGAUAGAGACGCCUAUACAAAGACUGCCAGGAACAAGUUUCAAUCUUUAGGUUAUGAGGUGGACAGCAUCCAUGAAGCUGCAGACCCUGUUGACGCUGUCAGAAAGGCUGAGGGCAUCUUUAUAGGAGGAGGAAACACUUUCCGGCUCCUCAAGAGUCUUUAUGACAACAAGGUGGUGACGGAGAUCAGGAAGAGGGUGAUGGAGGACGGAGUCCCCUACAUGGGCUCUAGUGCCGGCACCAAUGUGGCCACCAUCAGCAUCAGCACCACCAACGACAUGCCCAUCGUCUUCCCUCCAAGCUUCUCUGCCAUCGGCCUCGUCCCCUUCAACAUCAACCCACACUACCUGGAUCCUGACACCAACAGCCGCCACAUGGGGGAGACCAGAGAGCAGAGAAUCACCCAGUACCAUGAAGAGCCCGACACUCCAAAUGUUCUGGGUCUGAGGGAGGGCUCCAUGCUGCUGGUGGAGGAAAACAAAGCCACACUGUUAGGAACAACCAAGGCCCGACUCUUCUCCAGGGGGAAGCCCUGCGUGGAGUACGAUCCAGGAAGUGACCUCAGCUUUCUGCUGACAGACGCACACUGAGCAACACGAAGAUUGUUCAACACAGAGACUGAAUGCUUUUCAUCACGCUGUUUCCAAACUGAAAUAAAGUGUUGAAGAAAACACUGA